AUACUCGCACUUUUGCGCGCUUUAUCACCGGCAGCUGUUUGUAAGCAAAUCGCAAAUGGAAAAUAUCUGCGCUGCGUUGGAGCCGCUGUUUCCCUGCCGGGAGGGAGCAAUAAAAACACUGGGCGAGCUGAUUGGCGACUCCCGGGAAGACUAUCCUUCCGCCCUCUAUCUGUUCGGGCACAGUGGGACGGGGAAAACAGCCCUGACCAGAACAUUCCUCCGAGAGUGCAGCAGGCAGCAAGGAGUUCGCAUUGCCCAACUAAAUGCCAUCGAGUGCUAUACCACAAAAAUAAUGCUGGAGAAUAUGCUGGACACACUAGCUCCGCGUCAGUGCACAGAGGAAUCCGUUCGCGCCGACAACAUGCUGGAGUUUGUGGAGCAACUGCGUCGUUGGCAUGACCAGGGAGGGAGAUCCCAGAGCUUCUUGAUAGCCGUGGACAAUGCUGAGCGCUUGCGAGACAUGGAUGCAAACGUUCUACCCGUUCUGCUGCGACUGCAGCAGCUGACCAGCCUCAAUCUCUGUGUGAUUCUCCUGUCCCAGAUUCCCUUCGAAAAGUUUUAUAACAAAACGGGUCUGACUGAAGUUAUCAGCAUCCAUUUGGCCCAGUACAACAAGGCAGAGACCCAGCGUAUUCUCGGCUCGGACUUUUUCCAGGUGCGAGGGCACCUCCUUGAGCAAUUUUCAAAGGAUGCCCAGCGCCUCGCGAUCUGCGAAGCGGCCCUCACCGAGGACUUCUACAGCAACUACCUAAAUCUCUUCCUCAGCGUCUUCUACAAGGCUUGCCGAGACGUGCCCGAGCUGCAGUUGACGGCCAGGAAAUGUUUCUCCAUUUACUUAGAGCCUGUGUUAGAUGGCACGGUGGAGUCUACAGAUGUCUCCCGGCUGUGGAGACACAUUGCCGGACCCUUGAGAUCCGCGCUCACCCAGAUAUACAUGCGAACAGAAAAGCCUCCGGAAGAGCAGGAAGGAUCGGCACCCAUCGAGGAUCAGAGCGUUCGCAAGCUGGCGCAGUCGCUCGAGUUGCCCUACUACGCCAAAUAUCUGCUUAUUGCCGCAUUCCUGGCCAGCCACAAUUCCGCCAACCAGGACAAGCGACUGUUCGUCAAGCAUCAUGGAAAGCAGCGCAAGAGAAUGCAGACGGUGAAUGCCAGAGCCAAGACUACGGAGAAGAUGUCCACGACCCUGGGACCCAAAUCCUUUACCAUAGAUCGCUUGUUGGCCAUCUUCUACGCCAUUCUUGAGGAAAAAGUGGGCCUCACCUGCAACCUGCUGUCCCAGAUCUCCACAUUGGUCCACCUCAAGCUACUCAGCUUUGUCUCCGGCGAACAGAACAUCAUGGACGGCUCGGCCCGGCUCCAGUGCACGGUGGGCCUCGAGUUUGUGCUAUACAUCGGCAAGGUGGUCGGCUUCAACGUGCGCCAAUAUCUUUGCGAUUUCAUGUAGGGGGUUCAAUUCUCAGUGUUUAAAUAUAUUCAAUAAAUAGUCGGGUACAUCGCUUA